CCCCGUGAACUUUCAUUUUCAGCUCUGAGCGAACGUUCGUCUCACAAGCUGAACGAUUUCAGGGAGAGCGGAGGAAGAAGCAGCAUACAGAGCAGAGCAGAAAUAGGAAAAAUCCACUGAUGAAGAGAGAAUUAUUGUGAUCUCCAAAAAGGGAGAAGAGACCGGGGCGGGUGAGCCAGCGGCAGCGAGAUAUGGCAAAGCAGUCAGGAUCCCCCAAGGGGCAGAAGUGGUGGCUCAGAUCCCGUCGGAAAGAUUCUGAGGACAAGGAAGAAUCAGAACCGUGUAUCGUCCUUCUUGGCAAGGCCGGUGUGGGGAAAAGUGCCACAGGGAACACUCUCCUCGGACGGGAGAAAUUUCACUCGGCUUUUUCAGCUAAGCCGACAACUCAGAACGUCGAGAAGGCGAGUGGGGAAUUUAAGGGCCAGAAGUUUUCUGUGAUUGACACACCCGCUGUCUCUAGUUCAGAAUCUCUCAAACAGCACAAGCGAGAGAUCAAAAAACUCCGCAAGUCCAGUCCUUACGUUCUGGUCUUGGUGACAACAGUGGGGCCGUUUCACUCCAGAAGACAAGAAAACUGCUAAAAAGGUCAAGAAGGUGUUCAGG